GCACAAACCAAUACCGAAGCGCUACCAACCAAGUAUACUCAUACAAAUCACACACAACGAUCUGCACACGAGGCUGAUGCAAUUAUUCAUCUAUUUAGCGACAUCAGGAGGUUGAUAGCACUAUAUACUUCCACGUACAGACGCAUUUUCAGCAAUGGCCGUCCAAGAACUUACGAUCCUCGACUCAUACCGUGCCGAACUUGACAAACCUGGUCUUGUUGUGAUCGACUUUUAUUCAACGCAGUGUCCGCCUUGUAAGGUCAUCGCACCGCUCUACGACGCAAUUGCCAACAAGUACUCGAAUAAAGACACUCGCUUCUUCAAGGUCAAUGGUCUCGUAGAACCAGGCGGUACGAUCCAACGCGAGGCGGAAGUGGUCUGGUGGCCGACCUUGGUCGUGUAUAGGGACGGCCGCGAAGCGUGGAGGGCCAAGGUUCCCAACCCGCCUUCGAUAGAACCUGUACGUGAGCUGGAACGGUUGCUGGAUGAGCAAAGUCUGUAA